AUGCAGGCGAAAGGCUCCCGUGGGGCCCCAUCCCUCCGUGCUGUGCCCUUUUUGUUCCUUGUGGCAGCCCUCCUAGGGCUGCUGCCCUUGCUUCACAGCCAUGGGUUGCAGUCUAAUCCGAUGAUGGCCUCUGAGCCACCCCACCACUACCCAGCAAUCAUCAGUGGAAGUGAACCUGGGGUUAUCACGGCAGCCCCUCUGGAUGUCUCCCAAGAGAUUCGCCCUCUGCCCAACCACUCCAGCCCUGGGCACGCCAAGUACCGGAAAGCCUUUCCUGUCCUGGGCAUUGACUACACCCAUGUGCGGAUACCGUUUGAGAUCUCCCUCUGGAUACUGCUGGCAUGUCUCAUGAAACUGGGUUUCCAUGUGAUUCCCUCGGUGUCCAGCAUUGUGCCAGAGAGCUGCCUCCUCAUCGUGGUGGGGCUGCUGGUUGGGGGACUCAUCAAGGGGGUCGGGGAGAGUCCCCCGAUCCUGAAGUCGGACAUCUUCUUCCUCUUCCUCCUCCCGCCCAUCAUCUUGGAUGCCGGCUAUUUCCUGCCCCUGCGCCAGUUCACGGAGAACCUGGGGACCAUCUUGAUCUUUGCCGUGGUGGGGACGCUCUGGAACGCCUUUUUCCUGGGCGGGCUGAUGUAUGCCGUGUGCCAAAUCAGCGGCACUGGCCUGAAUGACAUCGGUCUGCUGGCCAACCUGCUCUUCGGCAGCAUCAUCUCAGCAGUGGACCCGGUGGCGGUGCUGGCUGUCUUUGAGGAGAUCCACAUCAAUGAGCUCCUGCACAUCCUGGUGUUUGGGGAAUCCUUGCUGAAUGACGCCGUCACUGUGGUGCUCUACCACCUCUUCGAAGAGUUUGCCAACUUCGAGCAGGUAACGGUUACUGACAUCAUCCUGGGCUUCCUCAGCUUCUUCGUGGUGUCCCUGGGCGGCGUCUUCGUUGGUGUGAUCUAUGGAGUCAUUGCUGCGUUCACCUCCCGCUUCACCUCCCACAUCCGCGUUAUUGAGCCCCUCUUCGUCUUCCUCUACAGCUACAUGGCAUACCUGUCAGCCGAGCUCUUCCACCUCUCCGGCAUCAUGGCGCUCAUCGCCUCCGGUGUGGUCAUGCGCCCUUACGUGGAGGCGAACAUCUCCCACAAGUCCCACACUACCAUCAAGUACUUUCUGAAGAUGUGGAGCAGCGUCAGCGAGACCCUGAUCUUCAUCUUCCUGGGGGUCUCCACCGUGGCCGGCCGGCACUACUGGAACUGGACCUUCAUCAUCAGCACGCUGAUCUUCUGCCUCAUCGCCAGGGUGUUAGGUGUCCUUGGCCUCACCUGGUUCAUCAACAAAUUCCGCAUUGUGAAACUGACCCCAAAGGACCAGUUCAUCAUCGCCUACGGUGGCCUGAGAGGGGCCAUUGCUUUCUCACUGGGUUACCUCCUGGAUUAUGAGCACUUUGGCAUGAGAGACAUGUUCCUCACAGCCAUCAUCACAGUCAUCUUCUUCACGGUCUUCGUGCAGGGGAUGACCAUUCGGCCCCUGGUGGACCUGCUGGCUGUGAAGAAGAAGCAAGAGACGAAACGCUCCAUCAACGAAGAGAUUCACACCCAGUUCCUGGAUCAUCUCUUGACUGGAAUCGAGGAUAUAUGUGGUCACUACGGCCACCACCACUGGAAAGACAAGCUGAAUCGCUUCAACAAGAAGUACGUGAAGAAGUGCCUGAUUGCGGGCGAGCGGUCCAAGGAGCCGCAGCUGAUUGCCUUCUACCACAAGAUGGAGAUGAAACAAGCCAUCGAGCUGGUGGAGAGCGGAGGGUUGGGCAAGAUUCCCUCUGCCAUCUCCACGGUCUCCAUGCAGAACAUCAAUCCCAAAACCCUGCCCGUGAAGCGCAUCCUGCCAGCACUGUCCAAGGACAAAGAGGAGGAGAUCCGGAAAAUCCUGCGCAACAACCUCCAGAAAACCAGGCAGAGGUUGCGAUCGUACAACCGCCACACGCUGGUGGCUGACCCUUACGAGGAAGCUUGGAACCAGAUGCUGCUGCGGAGGCAAAAGGCUCGGCAGUUGGAGCAGAAGAUCAACAAUUACUUGACAGUCCCAGCCCACAAGCUCGACUCUCCCACGAUGUCCAGAGCACGCAUCGGCUCAGACCCGCUGGCGUAUGAGCCCAAGUCGGACUCAGGGAACCUACCUAUCAUCACGGUCGACCCGGCCUCGCCCCAGUCUCCAGAGUCCGUCGACCUGGUGAACGAGGAGCUGAAGGGCAUGAGCUGCCUCCCACCGUCGCCCGAGGAGGACGAGGAAGGGCUCGUGAUGCGCGUGAAGGAUCCUUCCUCCCCGGGCACUGAUGACGUCUUCACUCCGGGGGCCAGCGACAGCCCCAGCAACCAGCGAAUCAUGCGGUGCCUGAGUGACCCUGGGCCUCAGCCCGAACCCGAGGAAGGGGAGCCAUUCAUCCCCAAAGGGAAGUAGCGGCAGGUGCGUUGCCAGCUCUGGCCCGCAGGGGAGCUGCUUGCACACACACGGAUUCUUUUAUUUUCCAUUGGUUCCCCUGGCGCUACACUCGGGGUUUGGGAGGGUGGAAUGGGGUGGCAGCCCUGCCGAGCAAGCGUUGGCUGUGGCAGGCGGCCCAAGCAGAGGAGAAGACCCCAGCAACUCUCAGCGAGAAGGGGAACCCAUGCAUUCCUGCCCGGUCCUUCAGCUUUCACGCGCUGCCCUGGACUGCUUUCCCUUGCUGAUUGGGGGAUCCGAAAGGAGCCCUGCUCUAUGGGAACUUGUUCAUCAGCAGAGUCGGCUUACACGGGUGCUUCGUGGCUGUUGGAGAAACUUCCCCCAAGGGCUGAUCUGUGCUGUUUACCCUGCCUCAGACGCAACCCUAAUCCUUGCCAACUCAGGGACUGCUGCAGUGUGUGUGGCUGUGGGUUAGUCCCCAGACGGUCUGCAUGAAGGAUGCAGGACUCUGGGCUUAGCCUCUGCCCAGCUUGGUUACCCGCUGUAAGUUAACAUCCCUGUCCCAGAGCCAGCGUGGCAGCUGGCCUUGCCACUGAGGCUGUUGCAACCCGAGGGUGUCCCCCCGCAGAGGGGCUGGAAAUCUCGCACUGUCCUGCAGGUGCUCUGCUGCAGGUGCUAAUGCACAGCCCAUCUCCUUCCAGCAGCCUCAGCGGUGCUCGGCUCACCCUCUCCCUGAGCUCAGCGGGGGCCCAGCUUGGCAGGGUCUGUUCUGCGGCCGCUCUUGCCUUGCGUUGACCUCUAGCUGCCAGGCUGUUUCUCCUUCC